UCGUAUAAUAAUAAAUAUUUUAUUAUUUAUAUUUUAGUAAGAUAUAAUUUUAUUAAAGAUAUGAUAAAUAAGAAAAACAUGUUAAUGUAUUUAUAUAAAUCAGAAAAAAUUGUCACCAAAAUUUUAAAUUGGAUAAGAUGAAGAAUAAUAGUAGUUUAUAUAAUUUCAAAUUUGUAAUAGUAUUUUAAAAAGUUACUUUUAUCUAGUUGUUAGUGUGCCCAUUUAAAAGGGUAUCACAACAUGGUUUGAGUUCCGGAAUGAACAUGUUUUUUAAAAAAAAAUAGAUAUAUAUAUAUAUAUAUAUGUAUAUAUAAAUGACGUCUUCUUAUCUUGUUAACGGUUGACUAACUUCUGUUAGAGUAAAUGUAGAUUUAUGCACUUUUUAAGAAGUUCAGGUAGUUUUUAUAAAUUAUACUUAAGUUGAGGCCGAUUUUGGCACUGUCCAUUUGUUCGGGUCCUAUUUGGCACGACUGAGAGUGUUAGGGUCGAAAUUGGCACUUUUCCUCGUAUAUCAAAACGACGUCGUUUUAUCUUGUUAACGAUUGACUAACUUUUGUUAGAGUCAAUGUAGAUUUAAGCACGUUUUAAGAAGUUCGGGUAGUUUUUUCGAAUUAUAGUUGAGUUGAGGUCGUAUUUGGCACUGAUCAAUUGUUCGGGUCGUAUUUGGCACGACUGAAAUAGUUGGGGUCGAAAUUGACAUUUUUCCCCGAAAAUGAUGUAGUCGUUUUAGGCCCAAUUUUGAUAAAUUGAUUUUCUGUUUAGAAAAAAAAAAAAGAAAAACAAAGCUCGGCGAUUCCCUCGUCCUCUUGGCGCACAUCCCAAACCAAAUGGCGCGUAAAACUGUGCUAAUUAUCUGGUACAAUGAAAUGAUUUGAGAUCUCUUCAAAUCAAAAGUCAACACUUUAAAUAGUAAAAAACAAAACCAAAAUUUUGAACCAAAACAGAAACGGAGAAAUUUUUCUUUCCAACACGAGUUCCCUCCAUAACACAGAGCCCUUUUCCAAGUUUCUGAAAAUUUUAGAACCAUCCUCAAAACCAAAAAAUUCCCUCCAGAGAAACGAAAACACCAAAAACUUCAAAAACAAAUCUCAGAUCUAUGAACUUCCAAAUCUGUUUCAAAGUCCCUCCUAUUCACACACUUCAUAUACAGUUCUUCAGUUCCUCCUUUCCUCAAUCAAGUCCAUCUCUCUCUCUUCUCUCAUUCUCACUCUAUCUCUCUAAUUGUACAUCAAUGGCGGCUCUCGAUCUAAAAGCUCAACACGACAACAAAGAGAAUGUCUCGCCCUCGGAGAUGACCAUUACUUCUGUCAAGCCUCUGGAUUCUUCUUCAUCCAUUGAUAAAGACAAAACCCAAAUCAGAAUCAGGAGAAAGAGAUCUAGAAGACAGCCUCUUAAAGACAUCACCAAUCUAUUUGUCUCAUCAUCACCAUUGUCCUCUUCGUUUCUGAUUCGUCACUUCUCCUCUUCUCCGACUCUAUCGGUUGAUCCCAAAUGCAUGAAGAGAAGAUCUGUUGUUGCUCUCAAGGCUUCUUCUACCUUCUCUUGUAGAAAUUUCAGAUGAUCUUUAGAAUUGGGUUCUUUUCCAGUUUUUGGAAUUAUGUAUCAGUUUUUAGUUAAGGGUAUCUAUCAAUACCCUGUCAUUAGCUUUUAUGUACUCAACACACAAGAUAUGUUUCCAUGAGUAUACUGGUUUCUCAAUUAUUACGAUUCUUGCGGAUGGUGACACACAACAGUGAUUUUAUUCGAAUUGUGAUCUGGUCUUUUUGACUAGCUCUUGGUUUUUCAAAUGCACUAGCCAGGAAUAUUUGAGAUAGUAGCUACUGCAAUUUUCCCCAUCUGAGAAGUGAAUCGAAGUCGUCUUUCUGUUAAAUGAUAACUGAUACUAUGUCCUGUGGUUUAGGAAAAAACCUGUGUCAUGGAGUUGGAUUGUGUACUAUGUGUACACUGAUAAGUGAUAACUGUGUCAUGAACUUUUUUAGAGCAUCCCCACCUUAUUUUUGAGAUUCACCAAACUUCAAAAUUUGAAGUUUGAAAAACAACCUCAACUGCAGUUUUAAAUUCUUUGUAUUUUGUACUGAAGUCCAUAUUCAUUAAAUUAAGUUGGAUCAUAAGUUUUUGUUAUAAACAACUUAAAAACAUACACUUAGACCUGACUGGUUUAAACGCAGCGGUUGCGGUUGCGGUUGCGGGAGUUUGUGGAUGCGAGCAGUUGCGGUUUCUAGCGGUUUUAAGAGAUUUGUACGACUGGUACUGCGGUUAAAAAUUUGUGCGUUUGCGGGUGACUUAUGACUGGUUAACUACCAAAUGCGGUAACAUUAAAAUAAUAAAUUAACAAUAUUUACAUUUAAUAUAAUGAUAAAAAUAUUAAAAAUCAUAAAAUUAUAAUAAAUAUAAAAUUUAUAUUUAGAAAGUUAUAAUUUUAAUUUUUGAAAAUUUAUUGAAAUUGUUUUUAUUAUAAAAAUUUAUAAUAUUAAUUAAAAUAUAAUAGAUAUAUUUUAAUAUUUUCAUAAUUUCAAUUUUAAAAUUUUUAUUAAAUAUUUUUACUUUUGUAUAUAUAUUAUUUAAAAAAAAAGAAAAAAAUUUACCCUCCCGCAACCGCCCGCAACCGCAAACGCUUGCUGGAGCCAGCUUUUAAAUUUAUGAGAUUCGGAGCGGUUUAAAGCGGUUUAAAGCGAUUCGAGUGAUUGUUGCAAACCGCCGACAACCGAUACCAACCGCUACCAACCGCAAAAGCUGCGUUUGCGGGUGGUAGCGGGAAAACCAAUCGCCCCCUUAAUAAUCACUAGCAAAAUUGAUUGUAAGUUUGUAACGCAGUCUUCAUUUUUGUGAUAUUUAUAUGUUCAUGCAAUUUUCUUUCUGUUUGUUGUAUGAGUUUUUUUAACAUAAAUUGUUGAUGUGUAAAUUUUUGUUUACGAUUGAAAUAUGAAAUAUUUAAUAAUUUUAUUUUCACUUAAGAUGUUCACUUAAAUUAUGUAAAUAUAUAUGUGACAAAAAUUGUAUGACAAAAAUUUAUGAGAUAAUAACUAUAUAGAUUAGAAUGCAUGCAAAUGAAAGAUGAAAUCCCAUAUUUAAAGUUGCUUUUUUUCGCAACUGAUUUUAAUUUAAAGUUGCUUUUGAAAUGAAUAAAACUUCAAAUUUUUAGAUAUCUUUUAGAAAUGUUCUUAGAAGACAGAAGAUAUAUUUACAAACUCAUAUUAAACAUUUAUAACCUCUGUAAUACGGUCUAAAGAUUAUAUAUGAUCUUCCAAACUCUCAAUAAAGUUAUUGCAUUUUUGUAAAAGAAUAUUAUAUUUAUUUAAAUAAAUUUUACCCUUAACAUCUAUAAAAUUACAUUUACAAUCUCAAAUUAAGCAUUCAUAAUUUCUCCUAUACCAUCUAAAAAUUAUAGAUGAUUUUCCAGACUCUAAAAAGUGUAAAAACAAUUUAUUUAUAAUAUACAUUUAUAUAAAUAGUAUUUUUUGAAAACUUAUUAACUACUAUUCUCAAUAGUUUUUAUUAAAGUUGUUUACUUAUUUUAACACUUAUUUGUCAAUGCUUACUUUUAUCCUUUAAGAUAAUAACAUUAUUAGUUUCAAUUCACUUACACUCUCUAGAUAAGAAUCAUUAGGGAAAUAUUUUUCAUGACAAAAGUGUAACAUUUGCAGAAUGAUCAUUGAUUAUGCAUUCUUUUUGCACUAUCCCGCUUAUUUUUUUAAUCCAAUCCAGCAUUCUAUAUUUUAUAUUCAGUGUGAAACUAAAAAAUGAUUUUAAUUGUACUUUGGAAUGAUGUUUAUAAUUUUCAAUUCUCGAUAAUUGAAUUGUAAAACACUAGUCAAAACAUAAUGAAAAUAUAGACGGAUCAAAACAAAAAUAUUUGUUAAGAAGUUUGAGUAACAAAACCACCAAAAAUAGACCAUUUAAUAGGGAAACAAUUUUAGUUUUGUGUUGUGUGUAUAUCAUAUUUUGUAAUAUUUUCUUGCCAAAGUGAAAUAAUGCUUAGCAAAUGCCAUGUUGAUAAAAAAAAAAAAAAAAAGAAGCAACUGCCAUAAAAGUAUCAAAUUAGAUAUGAUGUAUUUCGCUAAAAAAACAUUUAAGAAAUAUAUAUACAAAACAAUCCGUACUUAUGCACUCGCAAUCACCUAAUCAUUCAAUAGAAGAAAAAAACGAUUAGUGAUUUACCGAUGUGCAGCAUCAUAAGCCUAUUAAAAACAACAAUUUAUUUGUCAAAGUUUAUCGUUUUAAAUUUUGUUGUCAACUAAAAAAAAAAAAAAAAAAAAAACUAAAGUAAACUUCUGACUUUUUGGUCAGACAGGAAGUCUCUUUCAUCUGUCACUAAAAUGCUGUAGUGAUUUACCGAUGUGCUGCAAAAUACUUGGCUCAAACAAAAACUUGCUAACACAGCACAGUGACACCCUUAAUAGAUGAUGUUAUCUGGAUUUCGAUAAGAAAUGCCUCAGUUAAAACGUUAAUUACAGUAUAAAGUAGCUGAGAUUAGUUGGAGACUUAUCCUUUUAUAUAAAUCACUUUUGACCUCACCUUAAUUAGUGGAGUCUUAAACUACACUACCACCUACAAAAGUAAUCAGGAUUGUAAUACUUCUCGUUUUAAGAAAAACUUUCAAUAUUCUUCUUGUAAUGAAAUCUCCUGAUGACUCAGAUAUGUGAAUAUAUAUCUCUAAUUCACCAAUCCAAAACCAACACAAACCCGCAAGUGCUCUUAGCCUUUGACUUCAUUUAAUGUUCAUAUAUAUUACUCCUUUCCUUAUCUAUCUUAUUGGAAUUUCAUGAAUCACUAUCCUCCUCCAUUACCAUUACCUCGUAUUUAUUAAGUCUUUCUCUCUAUGUUCAUAAAUGUUUAGUAUAUUUAGCACUCCGUGCUGUCUCUUAUCGUUCUUUUUGAUAGACCAGUGUAACUAUAUAAGAUUCUGAAGAUUCAUAUCUUUCUUUCUUUUUCGAAGAUUCAUAUAUCUUCUUUUUUAAUUACCGAAAAUGGUCGCAUAAAAGGAUAAAUUAUUAUUAUUAUUUUUUUGUAACUUAAAAGGAUAAAUUUAUGCUCAGACUUUUUACUAUAAUAGUUCUCAUUUCAUUGAUUAAGGGUUUAGUCUUAUUUGCUUUUGAUCAUGUAAAUACAUGUCAGUUGCAGUGACCUAACAAAUCAGAAAGUAUUUAAAAUGGAUGAUCGCAUGCAUGCCUGAUAUAUGAUUCAAUAAGGUUUGACAUAUACUCGUAAAUGCUUCAGAUAACUAGAGUUUUAUAGCUUUUUUUUUUUGAAAAAGAAGUUUUAUAGCUUAUUAUGAUCAAAGUAAUCAUAUUACAUAAAUUUAGACUAGAUUAAUUGAGGGAAUCGAUUAUGAAUGCAUUUUAACCACUACGGUAUAUUCACAUAGUUGUUUUAGUAUUAAAGUAUAAAAUCCAUCCUUUGAGACAAGGUCACCUAACAAAUCAACAAAAGUUUUAAAAUGGAUCGCACAUGAGUCUAUAAAGGGCUUGGCCCUAAGACAAUAAGCAUAUUUAUUACGAUGUCGAUCGUAUUAAAUAUGUGUACUAAACUGUAAUGCGGCGAUCUUUAUCAAAUUUUAUACUACUAGGAUAAGAUCCGCGCCUUUUGCGGGAUGAAGUUGUUAUUUUUAUUAUGUUUUGGAGAAUGAAACAAAGUUCGGUUUCAUUUGGAUUAGGGGUGUUUAAUCCGGAUAUCGGGUUGGUUUCGGUUCGGUUCAGUUUUUUCUGUAGUUCGGUUAGUAAAAUAUAACUACUAUACUAAAUCCAUAUUUAAUUCGGUUCGAUUUGGUUUAUAUACGUCGGUCUUCAGUUUAUUCGGUUUUAUACUGAAAAACAUAAUUACUUAGUUUAAGAUCAUAUUAUAUAUUAUACAAAUUUUAGAGACAUGUUGUCAAAAAGUCAUUUGUUAAAAAAUAUUAUAUAUUUAAAUAAAAGAA